AUGGCCACAAUCAACUCGCGUCUCGAAGACUCCCAGAGCGAUCCGCUCGCAAUCUUUCACCUGCCCCCACCUGGCGAGACGGCGGUGCAAAAAGCGGAACGAGUGUCCCAAGAAAUGGAGGCGAAGCACAUCUCUCAGCAGGUCAGUUUGAAUCCCUCUAUGGUCUCUCGUCCCCCCGGGUCGUUGUCCGGGGUAGGCGUGACAAGCCGCCCGGGCAUUGGAGUGUCAAGCCGAUGCGACGCUUCGCUGGACGUGGCAGCCCGGCGACCUUAGCGCGGGCUAAGCGCCGUGACAACUCUAGGCCCUUCGCCGACUUCCAAUGUUGUUCUUUCGGAUCGCAAUGCAAGCAUGGGCAAACUGAUGCCGACUGUUCAUGCAUCACUCUUCGUCUACGACCCACUUGGGGUCCUCAUCACCUCUUCCGCGUCGCCUUCAAUAACACUCUUCCGCGGCUCACCCUUCCUCCUUUUUCGACGGCUCGGCUUCAACCACGCCGAGCACUCGGAAGAUUGACCGCGCACUCGAAGCCGAAGCGAAGGAGCGACGGAGGGUGGCGGGCAACGUCAAGCGACUCGACGUACUACUUCUUGGGCCAACCGAAGCGUGAGUCCAUCUUCCAGCUGGAUGGCUUUCCCACGACGGUCAAGCAGUCGGCGCUAUCCUGCGAUGCGCUCCGACGCGGGAAUUUCGAUGCGCGAGGGCCUCGUCCGUUGCGAUUUGGGUACGGAGGAGAGGAGGUAGCCGUCGCAUCGCUGUCAUCAACGCGGUGCAUUCCACGCCAAUCUCCGGCCCGUCCAUACCUCCGUUCUGAUGUGAAACUUCCCAUGGCCUGGAAGAUCGGCUGAACUCACACUUUAAUCAGCUUGUUUCCGCUGUUCUCCGGCCUGUCCACUUUUUCCCAUCCCCUCUAGUGGCAAGAGUACAUUCCUCCGACAGUGAGUUCGAGGCACGUGCAUCAUCAUCGCCAACGGACAACGCCGAAUGUUCGCUACGAAACCUGACACUUCGGAUCUGGCGCGUCCGUGCGCACUGCGCAGGCUCCGCCUACAGUACGACGUCAAAGGUGAGCUUGAACCAUGCCGUCUCUUGGCGGGAGAGAGCAUACACUUAUCCUGUCGUGGUCAUGAUCACAUCCCCUUCCACUUCAAACCAUAGGUCUAGACGCAGAGCGAGAGUGCCUACGCCUCGUGAUCCUCUUGUCACUCGUCACAUCCGUCAAGACACUGCUCGACGUUCUCGACCGUCAGGAUGCCAAUGAUGACACCCCCUUGUUCGACGCUCGUACGACACAACCGCCGUUACGCGAGCCAAAGACACCCCGCGAGCUCGCAGCUCGUCGCCGUCUUCGAUUAGCACCCUUUCUGGCGCUCGAACACCAGCUUCGAGAAGCGCUCGACCUGGCUAACACCGGGACAGGAGCAGAGUCGAUUGCUGCGCACGCGGCUGCCCCUCUUUCCGCCCAGCUCCACAACGAUUACCAGGACAAGUCACUCGUCGACGAGGUCGCGUUGACGCUGAAUAUUGAGCACCGCGGAGCCCAAAACUCGCCGCCCCCUUCUGACCCCAUCGUCCCGCCUGGUCGACUCGCGCAGCUCGUUUCGACCGUGGGCUUCGGCACAAGCAAGGAUUCGCGUCGCGCCAAGGCGCAGUCGGCUACUCAGAGUCCCAACUGGACAUCCGACGGCAAGUUCUUUGCAAACAAGGAUGAUCCGAUACACCUUGUCGCCGCUCUUAAGAACUCGAUCGUGAAACUCUGGAAAGAGGCUCAGGCAAGAGGUCUCGUCGUCGGGGUCACCACGCCCGGAGACCCCAGCGCGGCGCCUCAACCGGUCGUCGAUGGGGCAAUCGAGUUGAACGAAUCGUCGGUGUUCUUCUUAAACGAGAUUGAUCGCAUCGCUACCCCGGAGUGGCUCCCCGGAGAUCAGGACCUGCUCAAUGUUCGCAUUAGAACUAGGUGAGCUCGAUUGAACUUUGGGCGCGCUGCGGAACAUUGCUGUGCAUUCACUGAUCUCUAUGAUGAUGUCGCAUUCUUCAGGGGUAUCGAAGCACAUGACCUGCAGUUAUCUUCCAAGAGGGUAUACCGUAUCUGCGACGUCGCCGGUGCACGAGGGUCCAAGUUCGCUUGGGCCCCCUUCUUCCAAGACGCCUCAGCCAUCAUCUUCAUCUGCGCCGUGUCCGAAUACAACGUCUGCGACCCCACAGAUCCGACGCGCAACCGAUUACGUGAUGCCCUAUUGCUCUUCAAGGACAUCUGCGAGAACAGACUGCUACGAUCUGCCGACAUUGUGAGCGUCCGUCGAAGCCGAGCUCCAUGGUAGGUCGUGCGCCUGACCUAGCUUUGCGACCCCGCUCCGCCUAUAGAUCACAUUCAUGAAUAAAGUUGAUGUGCUGAGACGCAAAGUCAAGUCGGGGCAGUACCCUAUUCAGCGCUACUUCCCUCGCUACCUUGGAUCCGAUCGCACCUCGCAUAUUCUGUCAUUCUUCCAAACACUCUUUGAAGAAUGUCACCGUGUGCGCCGGCGCCCCUUUUACAUCUUCGCGACCCAAGCCAACGACGCUCGCUCAAUUGUGGCUGUCACUGCUGCCGUCAACGACAGUGAGCGCCUCCCCAUCAUUCAAACAUGCUGUUCUUUUAGUUUACUGAACACUUCGACCCUGCUUCACAGUAUUGAUUAGGUCGGAGAUGACGUCCACGGGCAUACUUUGA